UCCGAUCAGGGGCAGACUGAUCAUUUGGAAACUCGGGCACUGCCUGAGGGCCCGGGGUCAGUAGGGGGCCCCAUGAGAUGCCCCUGGUACCUUUUUCAUAGGCUUUUUUGAGUUUGGGCAAGGACACAGGGGCCCCAUGAUCCCCUAUUGCCCAGGGGCCCCAUGAUUAGUCAGUCCGCCCCUGGCUCUAAGUAUGAGAACUCAGCGAUCACAUGACUGCUGAUCUCCGAGUUCGCACAGCCGCUCUGGGCAGAGAAU